CAUCCCUGCCUGCAUCCCUGUCUCUAUCACUGCCUGCGUCCCUGCCUGUGACAGUGGCAACCACGCGCUGUGCCCCCCAGGCCAACCAUAAGCCUGUGCCAGCACAAAGCAGCGCUGGAGGGGCCGGGGGACGAGGCUGGGAGGCGAGGGUGGCCAAGGGGCUGCAGUGCGUGCCCUGGUGCCAGCAGGGGCUGCAGCAGCUGCUCCCACCUGAAGCCUGGCGGGUUCCCCCCACCUUUGCUCUCCUGGCACUCCUCCCAUCGGCGCCACAGUCCUCACCCAGUCCCAUCUUUGUUUUCUCCUCCUCCAAAUGUGGUUUGUACCCUCAGAUGGAGCUGCAGGGCUCCUGGCCACCAAGCUGGCUGUGCCAGUGCCGCUGUGCCCAUCCUGUGGUGCAGGAGAUCCGUGAGACCUCCCUGGUGGUGAAAAGGAGCUUCAUGGUCUGCUAUGAGCAGUGCUCCAGCAGGGAGUCCCCCAGGCACCCCUGUCCUGGGUGGGGAUGUGUGUCUGUCCUAGGUGGGGAUAUGCAUCCACCCCUGAAGGUUGAUGUCUGCUCCAUGGAGAUCUCUGCUGCCUCUCCUACAAAGAGCUUUGUCCUCCAGCCAGCCUUUCCCUCCAACAGCCAUGGAGAAGUCAUUAAACCAGGCAGAGGAAAUAGAUCUGCAAUAAAAGUGACAGGCGCUGGGGUCAAGGCUCGUUGUGACUCACAUAAUGAACAUAAAGCAAGGCAGACGCUGCAGCGGUCAGGAGCUCAUGGGUUGGGUGGGACAAAGGGCACAUCCCAGAGGGCUCCUCCCAUGGAGAGCAAGACCCAUCUGUGGUGUGGGCACAGGCUGCUGCCCUACCUGCCCAGCGUAGCUUAGUCUGUUUGUCACCAUCACACUCCAAUGCUGCCAACAAACAUGUCUCUGAUCUCACAAGGCUGCUCGACACUAAAACAUCGCUGCUGUCUCUUUUUCCAGCACAUCCAACCUGACCAACUAAUGCACUUGCAGUUCGUUCUUCUCGUUACUCCACCCACAUGCUCUCACUAGUGCUGAAGUUGCCUCAUGCUCAUCUUUGAGGCCUUCCACAUGUUUCUGCUCCUCAGAAACCCAUACCCUCAUGGAAGAUGUGGCAUCAGAAGUUCAGCUCCAUCUCUCCAAAGCCCAGUCCCUUUUCCAUCUAACAACACUGGCUAAAAGCUGGGAUGCGUUGUGGCCCCAUCCCUCCACACUCCUUUCAGAUGCCACCUCCUUGCCCUGGGGGGUCCAUAUUCUCCUCUGUGAUCCCUCUCCAGCUCUGGGCCUACCUGUGGGAAGGGACAACUCUCCACAGGGACAAUGAUAGGCAGGGAGCCAAUCGAGUUAGGGUUACACUGAGGGUUAGGUUUAUGGUCAACCUUAGGGUUAGAGGUGUCCCUAAGUAGAGUUUUCCCUGUGGAAAGUGACCCACGGGGAGUUGUCCUAGAGCACCUACCCAUGUUCAAGGGCUGGGCAGGGCAGGCAGGAGCAGCAACAGCAUCCACCUCUGCUCCUUCUGCAAACCAUGGCAGGGGUUUGGGUGCCCUUCAGCUUUGCUCAGGUUAUGAAGACUCCAUGAAACGUGCCAAUUCCCCAAAACACUCAGGGUUUUCCCAUCCUGCCCCCUUCCAUGCAGCCCAAACAUUAUGCAGGUGUGUGGGACCCCCGACCAGAGGUGAGAAUGGUGCUCCACGCUUAUGUCCAUCCUGUCUCUUGCUCCACUCCCAUCUCCUCCUUGCCCUGCUUGGCACUGCCCACAGGUGUCCCCAAGGAACUCAGAGCUCACUGCCGAGGGUGGGAGGGGUGGCAGGAAGGAAUGGGCUCACCAGAGAACACUGCCUCCUGGGAACCCCAGGAACCAGGCUGGUUCCAGCAUGGAGGACGUUGUCUUGAAGCAGUUCAAGCUGUAACUUUGGGGGAAGCAAGGGUGGCUUUGUCCUGAGGGAGCCAGGACUGUGCUGCCACUCCAGCCCGACUACGCUGAAGCAGGGGGUCUGGCUGCCGAGAGGGGCUCAUCCUGCCUGACCCCAGCUCCUUCCCACCCCCACCCAUUGCCCCGCGUCUCCCCAGAGGGAGGCAGAGGUUUUGGCAUGAGCAGCCAGGCCAGGGCUCCAAAAAAAGACACGGAGGUGAGAGUAACAGGUGCUGACGUGGUCCUUGGGGCUAAUCUGCUUCCUCAUUGGGUAAAAAGCCCACCAACAUGACACUGCUCACCCUGUUACUGGAGCCACAGUGGAAGAAGAGCUCUGUUGAGACCCCACCGGGAGGGCUGCAUCCAGUCUGGACUCCUCAGCACAGGAAGGACAUGGAGCUGUUGGAAUUCACUUUCAGUGCACAGGACAACAACCUCCACCCCGUAUCCACUCCCAGAGGGGUACAGGAAGAAGGACCUGUCACCCAAGGUACGGACCUUGGGUCCGCUCCGCUCCCCAUCCUGCCAGGCACCUCCAGCGCAGCCAUGCACCUUGCGCUCUGCAUCGCAGCCUGGGUGCUCCUGCUCCAGGGCUGUGCCACGGGCCAACCACCGCAGGCUGCCUCAGCCAGGACCGACAUCCGCGACUGCUCCACGGAGCCACCGCAGUACCUGCCACCCACGGCCACCAACACCUCGGCACGGCUGGCCGCUCUGCGGGGCACCAUGCGAGCCCACAGCAUCCAAGCCUACAUCGUUCCUGCCACAGAUGCCCACAUGAGUGAGUACAUCGCUGAGCGGGAUGCCCGCCUGGGCUGGCUCACUGGCUUCACCGGCUCGGCAGGCACAGCCGUGGUGACACAGGACAGGGCUGCCCUGUGGACUGACAGCCGCUACUGGACCCAGGCUGAGCGGCAACUGGACUGCAACUGGGAGCUGCAGAGGACAACUUGGAUUGAGUCCAUCGGUCUGUGGAUCCUGGAGGCAGUUCCUGUAGGGGGGAACAUCAGCUUGGAUCCCUUCCUCUUCUCCAUAGACACAUGGGACAGCUACAGCCAGGCUCUACACGGCUCGGGCAGGACCCUGCUCCCCAUCAACACCAACCUGGUGGAUCAAGUGUGGGGUGACCAGAGGCCCCCACCAGCCUCCAGGGAGAUCUACAGCCUCCCAGAAGCCUUCGUGGGGAGCAGCUGGCAGGAGAAGGUGGCCGGGAUCCGGCAGCAGAUGGAGCAGCACGUCCGACGCCCCACAGCUGUGCUGCUGUCAGGGCUGGAGGAGACAGCCUGGCUCUUCAACCUCCGUGGAGAUGACAUCCCCUACAACCCUGUCUUCUACUCCUACACUCUGCUGACCAACACCAACAUUAGCCUCUUCGUGGACACAGCACGGCUGGAGGCGGCGGCGCAGGAGUCACUGCAGGCUGAUUGCCCUGGGCCACUGUGCGUGGAGCUGCUGGAGUACGGGCAGGUCCGUGACCACCUCCUGCGCUACGUCCAGGGCGAUGUCACCAUCUGGCUGGGCACUGAGUACACCACCUUCGGCCUCUACAGCCUCAUCCCCCAGGAGAAGCUGCUGGAGGACAGCUACUCCCCCGUCAUGACGGCCAAGGCAGUGAAAAACACCAGGGAGCAGGAGCUGCUGCGAAAUGCGCAUGUCCGGGACGCGGUGGCUGUCAUCCAGUACCUGCUGUGGCUGGAGAAGGCAGUCCCUCAGGGGCAGGUGGAUGAGUUUACAGGGGCACAACACAUCGACGCGCUCCGCCAGGCGCAGGAGCACAGCCGCGGGCCCAGCUUCCAAUCCAUCUCAGCCAGCGGGCUCAACGCGGCGCUGGCCCACUACAGCCCCUCCAAUGGGAGCAGUCGGAAGCUGUCUGUGGAUGAGAUGUACCUUUCGGACACCGGAGGACAAUAUCUGGAUGGGACAACAGACAUCACGCGGACGGUGCACUGGGGUGUGCCAACCCCACUCCAGAAGGAAGCCUAUACCCGUGUGCUGAUGGGCAACAUUGACCUGUCCCGCCUCGUCUUCCCACCCAACACGGCAGGGAGAACGGUGGAGUCCUUUGCCCGCCGAGCACUCUGGGACGUGGGACUCAACUAUGGCCACGGGACCGGCCACGGUGUUGGCAACUUCCUCUCAGUCCAUGAGUGGCCUGUGGGCUUCCAGUCCAACAACGUGCCCCUGACGGCCGGCAUGUUCACCUCCAUCGAGCCCGGGUAUUACCGGGAUGGUGAGUUCGGGAUCCGCAUUGAGGACAUCGCCCUCGUGGUGGAGGCGCAGACCAAGCACCAGAGUGAGGAGAAGCCCUUCCUGACCUUCGAGGUGGUGUCCCUGGUGCCCUACGACCGCAACCUCAUCGACCUCAGCCUCCUGUCACCAGAGCAGAUCCGGUACCUGAACGCCUACUACGAGACCAUCCGGGCCCGCGUGGGGCCAGAGCUGCAGCGGCAGCGGCUGGAGGAGGAAUAUCGCUGGCUGCAGCGGAACACGGAGCCCUUCCCACUGGGCAACACCGCCACCGCCACCGCCACCGCCAACCUGGGCACGUUGGUCCUGGCCGCCCUCCUCUCUGCGCCGCUCACCCGGCUGCAAGCAUGAUCCUGCGCCAGCUGGCCUUGCGUCAGCCCUCUCCCCACCGCGGCCAUUUCUUCUCCCUGAGGCUCACUUCCUUUUUUUGAUGUUUUCUAUUUGCUCGUUCAGGAUUAAACAUGAGCAACCGCGGAGGGUCCCUGCGCUCUGCACACUGCAGCAGCAGCCCCGCGCGCUGCUAGCCUGCCCGCUGCUGUGGGGACACCCCACAGAGCCCCCAGCCCCACGGGGGGGGCUCUGCCCGGGCUGCCUGCACACACCUGGGGUGGCCAAGGCAGCCCUGGUGGCCAGGAGGCAGAUUCAGGGCAGGUUUUAAUUCUUGAGACAAGAGAUGGAGGGAGUGGAGCAAGAGUGUAAGGCAGCUGGUCUGAGCGGGGCCAUCCCCACGGCCCUGUGCCCGCCAGCCGCGGGUGCCAGUGCAGCCAUCCCACCCAGCCAGGAGGAGCUGUGGGGGCAGGGGACA